UAUGAUGAAGAUAAGAAUUUUUUACUUGCUCAGCAAGAAAAAGGACGUCGUGGUUAUUUGGCCUUUCUAAUUGAUACACCAGUGCUGAAUAUUGAUGGUCAAGAUAAUAAAGAUAAUUCAUGUGAAAAUGAAAGCAUUGUUUAUUUCAAUGAUCCAAACAACUAUGCUUCAUCAGAAGAAGAUGAAUUUAUAAACGUCAGCGAUUAGUCCAACAUUUUAAUUAACAAAACAUACGUAGAAGGUGCAAAAAAUAGUGCUACAUUUAGUAAUCCUUCAAAAAAAAUAAAACUAAUGACUCCAGAUAUAUGCAUAAAUUUAGAUAGAAUAAAAAUAAGUGAUAGAAAGGCUGCCCGUAUUUUGGCUGCAACUUUAAAAAGUUUGGGUAAAAAUCAUUCACGCGAAAAUGAAGGCAUUUUUGAUAUCAAUGAUCCAAACAACUAUGCUUUAUCAGAAGCAGAAGAAUUUAUGAACAAAGGAGCAGAGGCACAACUACGAAGUGAUUUUAAGGAACUGCUGGAGUUAAUACUGAUUUUUAUUGGUGCCAGAUCUCGCGAAAGUUUAAAAUUCAAGUUGCCCGGAGCAGUACAUCAUGCUAGAAACCUGGACAUCAAGAGCGGAUUACCAAUUUAG